AUGCCAACUGUUGGGAUCGCCGCAUCUCACGGCGGUUCUGCCGGUUGCACUUCGGAUCUAGUUGCACGACCUCUGCAGCGCCCGCUUCGGAGCUUUAAGUUCCCCGCGAUUCUCGCUUCCGUCUCCGCCUCCCACGCGACGCCUCCGGGCCUCAGCCUCGCGCCGAGGUUCGGCCCGAGCCUGCUACCGAGCCAGCCGGAUUCUGACGAUAUCUUUCCGUUACCGUCGGGCCCGGAGGAGCUGCAGCGCGCUGUCAUUGGCUGGCUGGAAGAGAAGGCGUCGCGCGUGCGUAACUUGCGCAAGUCCACUGCGGAAGCCGGCGGACAGGCGCAGCUCACUCCGCGAGCGGGCUCGCUGGCGCUUGAGGCGCAACUUACCCGCGCAGUAACAUCCGCCCAUGCGCAUCUCAGCCGCGCGCAGACUUCGGCCGGGGAUGGCGCAAACCGCGCGCUAACAGCUCUUACUCGCCGACUCGAUGACGCAGUGACCACGGUUUGCCAGUUGCACACGUCACUCUCUCUCCCACCCCUAAACAACCACCGCCUGUCACUACUCACAGACACACAGAAGCACGCAGCAUGUGAGAGACAACUCGAGCGAGCGAACUUUCUAUUAGUCUCAAAAGCCCCUUCCAACCACACCCCUCUCCUUUUCCCCACACCCCUCUCCUUUUCCCCACACCCCUCUCCUUUUCCCCACACCCCUCUCUCCCCCUCGCCUCCCCCCACAGGUCUGCCAGUUUGCCAACUCCACACCUCCCUCGCCCUCCCCCUCCCGGGUAACCGUCACCUCUCCUUACUCACAGACACACAGAAGCACGCAGCAUGGGAGAGGCAGCACGAGCGGGCAGCGGACCUGCUCCACUCCCUCUGCACCGAAAUGCGCGGCUUCUUCCUUAAAGCGGGGCAGUUCUUAGCGAAGCCUGACGUGUCUCCCCCCGCAUGGGUUGCGAAACUGGCCUCGCUGCACGAUGCUGCUCCUGCUGACCCGUUCCCGGUGGUGUGCGCGACGAUCGAAGGGGAGAUGGAGGCUGUAACUGGCAGGAAGGGGGUGAAGUGGACUGAUGUGUUUGCGAGGAUUGACGAGGAGCCUCUGGGUUCGGCCUCUAUUGCGCAGGUGCACAGGGCGUGGCUACACGAUGGGAGGAGGGUGGCACUGAAGGUGCAGCACAGGGGGGCACAGCCCCUCAUGCUCACAGACCUCGCCAACCUCAAGGCGUUCGGGGCGUUCCUUCAAAAGACAGAGCUGAAGAACAUGGAUAUCGUAUCAGCUCUCGUGGAGCUGGAGAAGCAGGUGCGGCUGGAGUUUGACUUCCGGAUAGAAGCAGCAGCCAUGGAGAGGGUUCACCUUGCGCUGAGAGGCGGUGGGAAGGGCGGAGAGAUGGAGAGAAGGAAAUCAGCUGCAGCAGGAGGAGCAGCAGGAGGAGCAGCACGAGGAGCAGAAGACGAAGCAGUCAAGAGCAGAGGUAGUGCGAAGCAGAGGAGGAGAGGUUCGAAACAGCAGCAGUCGGAACGCAGCAGUCACAUCAGCUCUUCCUUUUCACCAUCCACCUCCUCCUCUUCCUCCUCCCCAGUGGUGGUGCCUCGCCCCGUUUCGGGCCUCGUGAGCCGGCAGCUGCUGGUGAUGGAUCUCAUUGACGGCUCUCCAUUGCUGAAAGUAGCGGAGGAGAUGAAGGAUAAAGCGGGCGGGUUCUUCGCCACAAGAAUGAAACGAUCAAUAUUUCGUUCCCUUGGAGAAGCAUACGGCCUCAUGAUUCUUCGCGAUGGGUUUUUCCAAGCUGACCCGCACCCCGGAAACAUUCUCAUCUGCCCGGACCGAAAGGUCGCUCUCCUCGACUAUGGGCAGACGAAACAAAUCUCCCAGCAGCACCGGCUGCAGCUCGCCGAGCUGAUCCUGGCCGUCGGUGACGGCGACGCGAGGAAGAUCGGACGGCUGUACAACGAGAUGGGCUUCAAGCUGAGCAAAACAGCCGAAGAAAAUCCGGAGAGUUUUAAGUGGAUGGCUACUCUCAUGUUUGACACGCGGUCGGCGAAAGGCGCCACGACAUCGAACCCAUUUUCGGAGGAGCAUGCGGCGCAGAACAACGGCGUGAAAAAGUUUCCGGAGGAUUUGUUUUUUGUGGUGAGGUCGAUGCAGCUGCUGAGGGGGAUCUGCAUGGGCAUGGGGCUGAAUGAGUCGCUUGCGGAGCAGUGGCGGCCGAUUGCUCGGCAGGCGAUUCGGGAGGCGCAGAGGCAGAGGCAGCGGCAGUGGGGGAGCUGA